GCAGUAGCUUCCUGGCGGAGGACAGAGGUCAGGAUGCUGGUGCUGUGUCAGAAAGUCACAGGUGAGAAACAAGACAGCAGAAGGACAAUGAUAAGAAACCGGAAUAUAAACAGUAUCUGGAGUUGACGUGGGAUUAACCAGGAUUCAUAAAAGAAACGGUUCGUCGUAGAGAAAUCCCGCCUCGGCUGCAGUCUAACGCCAGCUGAAGCGUGAUGCGUCCAGAGCAGCCCAGAACAGGCUUCGCUCUGCAAAGAUGGCAGGCAGAUUCUGCCCCCUGGGGCACGCCGAGCACUGGCCUACUGCAGGGCCUCAUCCACAGCGCCAGGCCUCCCUCCUUCUGCUUCCUGCUCCCCAGGGUCCACGCAGCUGAUGUGGCUGCUGCCCAGCCUGCACAGAUGCCCUCCUCCUCCUCCUCCUCCUCCUCCACCAGUCCUGCACCCAUCUCCUCUCUGAGCACCAUGCCAAGCAAUUUGGGCAAGCCAGAAUUCCCAGACACAGGAUGGGACCGCAUCAAGGACCUCUUUGACAGAGAUGUGACACAGAGGUACCCAGAGGAGCUGACCAACGUGGUGAAGAGCGGUGUAGUGGCCGCUCUAGCGGGCUUGAUCUACGGAGGCCUUCCAGCUGCACGCCACGCCAGGCAGAGGUACAUCCAGGUCAGCCAGGCGGAAAUCUACAGUAGUCGUGUAGAAGCGGUGCGCUCGGCCCACAAUGCAGCUAUCCGAGGUUUCGUGAGAUACGGGUGGAGGUGGAGCUGGAGGGUGGCUGCGUUUGUCACCUUGUUCAACUCGGUCAGCACAGGACUGUCUGUGUACAGAGACAAGUACAGCCUCAGUAAUUAUGCAGCAGCUGGAGCUGUGACUGGAGGCCUCUUCAGAUUGAACCUGGGCCUCGGAGGCCUGGUGGCUGGGACGAUCAUCGGAGCAGUGCUGGGGAUUCCCACUGGCGCUCUGAUCAUCAGCAUGCAGUCUCUGGCCGGAGAAACCGUCCGAGAGAGGAGGAGGAGGGAGCGCAGGGAACUUUAUGAGCUCAAACUGACAGAAUGGACGGCCCGUUUGCAGUUGACGGACGAUCUGAUUGGAGAUCUGAACGUCAGCUGUCAGGCGGAGGAAACCAAUAAGGACAUGGAGAGGAUCCAGGAGCUGCUCAGUUUACCGCAGAAUGACGCAGCAGCAGCAGCAGCAGCUCAGGACUCAAGCAGCUAGUGACAGUAGCUGCCUUUUACUGCCUGUUUCCUGCUGGAUACUGAGGUGGGACUUCACACAACUGGCCUGGACUCUAUAACAAACCCCUCGGCGUCACGUCACACGUUGUACCUCACAGACUGCUGUCGAGGGAUCCUUGUGUGUCAGCUGCUCAGUAGGUGGUCGUACUGGGCAGCUGCAGUAGGCUCCCUUUUGGCAGCAGAAUUUGAUGUUUUGUGUUUUACCUGAUACAAGCCACUUGAAUGUUGAAGAACACGGUUAUAACAUACAGCUAGAAAAACCGCACUGUCCUGUUUUUGUGCGGCUUCUCAUGAAGAUCAACUGCUCUGCAAAUUAGAAACAAAAGAAAUCUUGUUUUAAUAUUGGCUUCCUCUCAAAGAAAACGCACUGUCAUCAGAAUUAUAAAGCUUUAAUCGGACUUAAGUGGAGCUCACAUCAGUGUGGCUCUAAUGUCUUUCAUACUGUAUUAGUCAUCUAUAACAGUAGAAACACUGAGUGACAACUUCAAUUGAUCACAAGUCAAAAUCCUGUUACCAACCUAAUAAAACGUCUAUUGUAACAGUGCUGUUUCAUUAUGUGCACCAGGUACGUGUUGCAGUGUAUCUGUAUCGGCUCCGUACAGGUAAAUGACAAAAUGUUCUUCCCAUUAAAGCUCGUUACUCACACCGGCCUGCCAA